CCAUCCGGCGCCGAGGCACCGAUUAGUGAUUCAAUAGUUAGCCAUGGCGGCCACCGGAGGAGGGAAAAUUAGAUCAAGAAGAUAUCAUAUCGCCUCUAAACCAUAUGCUAAAGGAAAACAGCAGGCUGGACUCAUCAGCAGGGUGACCGACACAGUGAAGAGCAUCGUUCCCUCUUGGCUCCAGAAGUACUUCAGGAACGGAGAAGUGGCCGAGGGCAGUGCCACCGCCGCCACACGACUCGCCCCAGAGCUCAACAGCCAAGACCCUCCUGCUAACGGCAACCAGGAGAGCUCCCCUCACGGCCGUGACUCGCCCGAGCCCAGCACCAGUAACACAGAACCUUCUACAAGCCGCGCAUCACUGAACUUCCAGGAUGUGCUGUCAAGACCUCCUCUCAACCGUUCCCACCUACACUUUGCCUCGCUGGACGGCUCCCCAGCCCUGGGUGGCUCCAGCUCACUGUUCCCCCAGCCCUCCACCUCCACCGCUGCCCCGUUCGGGAGCCCCUUUGCCUCCACCUCGAACUUCUCCCUGGUGAAGGAGAUCAAGGACUCCAGCUCUCAGCACGAGGAUGACAACAUCUCCACCACGAGUGGCUUCUCAUCACGUGCCUCUGACAAAGAUGUGCCCACCUCAAAGCCUGCCCCGCUGCUUUGGUCCCCAGAGACGGACCGCUCUCACUCAGGCACGCAGCCCUCCCAGGCCGGCCUCAAGAAGCCCUCCUUCAACCUGUCGGUGUUCGGCACCUCUGCUCUGUCUACAAUGAACAGCUCCAUGCUGAACUCCAGUCAGCUGGGUGACUCACCCUACUACCCUGGCAAAACCACUUACGGAGGCGCCUCUGCUAGCCGCAAUGCCCGCUCUCGCCCAAGCACCCCUUAUCAGGUCCCAGUGAGGAGACAGAUAAAGGCGAAGCCUGCUGGCACUCAGCCCUGCGGGGUGACUAGUGCCACAGCCCGCCGCAUCUUGCAGUCCCUAGAGCGCAUGUCCAGUCCUCUGGCCGAUGCAAAAAGAAUCCCCUCAACCAUAUCGUCACCUUUGUCAAGACCACUGGAUCGCACAGACUUGGAUGCUUCACCUUUCCAGGUCAAGAAGAAAAAGAUGGACACGUCGCUGCCGCCAGUGCAGAAGCUGGUGGUGCCGUCAGCUGCCACCGCCUCUGGGAACCGUUCCAUGGCGUUCCGUCCCUCUCUCACACCUGGUGGAGUCAAUCGGGCACUCGAGAGGACAGCCUCCAGGGACACGCCUGUGAGAAGAUCUCCCUUAAUACCGGAAGCUGCACCAACCACGUCUCAAAGCACAAGCUCUCCGGCCUACCCCCUGUCCAGCACCCCUACGGUCAGUAGUGCUGGCUCCGGAGGAGGCAAGAUGAAGCGGGAGAGAGCAGUCAGGCCCUCCACCAAACGCCCAGAGGAUGAGGUAGCGGAGGUCCCCGACCUGCCUGCCAUCUCCCUCCCCAUCAGCACACGUGCACUGCCCACUUUCAGCUUCUCCUCCCCAUCCACCACCACUUCCACACCCACACCUGCCCUCGCCAAAACGGCACCUGCCGAGACGGUCACUAAAAAGGAUCCGCCGCCACCAUCCUCACCCCCUUCUGUGCCCUUCACUUUCGCUUCCCCCAUUGUCAAGGCGACAGCUGCCAGCCCUCAAUCUUUCUCUCCAUCUUCUGGUUUCACUUUCAGCGCUCCAGUCAUGAAGACUGAUCUCACCGUGUCUAAUAACUCUGCUGCUGCUUCGCCCAUCACUGUUACAGUGAAGAGCACAGCGAACACUGAGACCAAAGAGGAGUUUUCGGGCCCCUUCAAACCAGCCAAGACCCUGAAGCAGGGCAGCGUGCUGGAUCUCCUCAAGUCUCCUGGUUUCUCUUCCAGCUCCCCCACCUCCACACCCUCCUCUCAGCCUGCCCCCAGCCUCCCCUCUGUCUCUGGGUUUGGGGACAAGUUCAAGCCUCCAGCGGGCUCCUGGAGCUGCGACACCUGCAUGCUGCAGAACUCUGCAGUGGACACCAAAUGCGUAGCUUGCCAGACCUCCAAACCACAGACGGACUCCUCCUCAUCCUCCUCGUCUUCGUCAUCCUCCUCCUCCUCUAAAUCAGACAGUAAACCCCCCGUUUCUACGACAUCGGCCUCCAGUACGGGGUUGGCGGCCCUGUUUGCCCCUCCAAAGGGCACGUGGGACUGCGACACUUGCCUCGUGCAGAACAAGCCAGACGCACUCAAGUGUGUGGCCUGCGACACCGGCAAGCCUGGCACCAGCGUUAAGCCCGGCCUAACACUUCCAGCGUUUUCGACAUCCAGCUUUUGUGCUGCCACUGCUGCUGCUGCUGCUACCACCACUUUUUCAUCGUCCACCUCUAGUGGACUGUUGGGAUUUGGGGACAAGUUUAAAAAGCCAGAGGGCUCGUGGGACUGUGACACUUGCAUGGUGCAGAACAAAGCGCAGGACACCAAGUGUGUGGCUUGUCAGAGUGCAAAACCAGGAGCCUCUGGAGCAGCACCUGCCUCCCUGCCUGCCCUGUCCUCCUCCAGCAGCUCAGCAGCGCCCCUGCUGGGCUUUGGGGAUAAGUUCAAGAAGGCAGCAGGCAGCUGGGAGUGUGAUGUCUGCUGUGUGCAAAACAAGGCAGAAGACCUUCAGUGUGUGGCCUGCCAGAGCAGUAAGCCCGGAGCCAAACCCGAGCCAAAAGCUUCGUUUGGUACUUCGACGUUAACGAAUUCCAGCUCUGGCGGAUUCAAAUUUGGCUCCAACAAUACCACUGCCUCAAGUGGCAUCAAAUUUGGUGGAACCAUCUCAGACUCCUCUAGCGCCCCUUCUGGUGGCUUCAAGUUUGGAGGUGCGUCAUCUGACUCCACUGGGGGCUUAAAGUUCGGUGGUGUCUCUGAAACCACCUCCUCCUCCUCGUCCUCUUCUGGAGGUUUUAAAUUUGGCAGUGCCACCACUACGGAGGCUUCCUCAACCACCAAUGGCACUCCGUCAGGGGUCUUCUCAUUUGGCAUAGCCUCUUCAUCCUCUUCCACAUCGAUCACCACCACCACUGAAGACUCUAAGACGACAGAUGCUCCCAGCUUAGGCGGUGGCUUUAAGUUUGGUGCCAGCAACUUGACAUUUGGCACGACGAGCACAGCACCUGCAACUGAAGCCAGCGUUGGUCCUGCACCUGCAGCUGACUCCUCGGACACAGGCUUCUCUUUUGGCCUCUCCAAACCAGAGGAGAAGACCAGUGCCACCCCCUCCCCCACCUUUAGUUUCUCCACCCCUCAGGACGCCACAGCCACAGUCCAUGCCACCUCCACCCCCGCCACCACUGCCGCCUCCUUGACCUCGCUCCCCAUCUUUGGGAAGCUCUCUGGGCUCGAGCCGGCCACCUCUGCUCCUUCCUUGCUUUCCACCGCCAAGUUUGGCGAGCCUGAGAGCUCGGAGCCGGCGCUCUCCGCGCCCGUCUUCUCUUUCGGGAAACCGGAGGAGAAGGAGGCAUCCUCCACCUCAGCUCCGACCGCCGGGUUCCUCUUUGGUGCAGGGAAGGAGACAGAGAAGGCUCCCAGCACCACUGCUGCCCCCUCUGUUGGCUUCUCAUUCAGCAAGCCUGAAGUAGCUGUGGAGCCCAAACCUGUUUUUGCCUUUGGCAAACCUGCUGAGAAGAGCGAGGCAGAGGCCCCCAAACCCUCCUUCGCGUUUGGCCAGACCAGUACUGAUGCGUCAGCUGCCAAGCCAGCCUUUGGCUUCAUGUCUGCAGCACCAUCCAGCACAGCCUCCAGCACCCCCCCUGCCCCCAGUCUGUUUGGUGCCGUAGCCAGCUCCACCCCUGCCCCCACUCUGGCCUCUGUUGCGGCUCCUGCCCCCUCCAGCACCUUUCUGUUUGGCCAGAGUGCUGCAUCAGAGGCCCCCCCAACAAAGGCCUUCCUUUUCGGACAACAGGCACAGGAGACCCCGGCCGCCCCUUCGGCCACCCCUGCCCAGCCCUUCAUGUUCGGCGCAUCGGCCACCACGAAUGCGCCCUCUUUCCCCUUUGGAGCAACGUCUUCAUCUACACCGGCUUCUGCAGCCCCCUCGCCUUUCGCAUUUAGCCCUGCCACCUCCACCACUGGUUUUGGCUCCACCCAGGCAUCCAUAUUUGGUCAAGGCACGUCACAGCCGGCCGCUCCGGCUUUCGGCUCAGCCACAUCCUCCUUCUCCGCCGGAUCCCAGCCCCCAGCGUUUGGCGCCAAACCAACAGCAGCACCCGUGUUUGGCCAGGCAGCCAACGCUACACCGGCGUUCGGCUCCGCCAACACUUCCACCGGCCAAGGUGGAGGUUUCCAGUUUGCGAGGGCCGGUGGAUUUGUGUCCCCCGCCGGCAAUGCAGGCGGUGUGUUCACGUUCGGAGGGGCACCAAAUCCUGCUGCUCCAGCAGCUCCCCCACCCACAGCUCCUGGCGGGGGCUUCAACUUUGUCCCGACCCCCACUUUCAACAUCGGAUCCACUAAGAGUACCGGUACGCCCACUGGACAACACGGCAUAGCCGGGCGUAAGAUCAAAACGGCCGUGCGGCGCAGGAAGUAGCCCGACAGGGCUUCCUGAGGGAGCGGAGAGCGCCUCCCGCUGGACAGCCGCUGCGCUGCUGCCAGGGGGGAGAAGGCCAGUGUUGCGGUGUGUGAGUCAGGAGAGCCGGUGACCUCUGAAUGACUUCUGGGUCAGGAAGCGGGACGAGGAGCACACGGGACUGGAAUAAAUCAAUAAAUAAAUAAACAAAAACCAGACUUCAAACGUAACGCUUCAGAAAAAAAAAUCCUCAUGUAGGGGGGGAAAAAAAGCAAAUUAUUGUAACAAAAUGUCAACAAUCAAGCCACAAACCUCUGCUACAUGUGAAAAGGCUCUAUUUUUAACAUCUGCCGAUGUAAGAGCAUGACUUUUGUAAGGCGUAGAGGGACAGGGGAAAGGGAGUGGAUACAAACAAAUGCAAAGAAUUUGAUGGAGAUGACUCAAUCCUGGGUUGGAAUCUUUAUUUCCUUGGUUUCUUUUU